GUGGGCCAUAUUGCUCGUUUUUGUCUACAACAAACCCAUAGUGGUGAUUCAAGAGAUGAUAAAAUCGAUGAGUAUUAUGUACGACAUGUAAUGAAAAUGUCAGAAAAGGACGAUAAUGAAUUAAAACGUACUAUAAAAGAACAAGUGAUGAGAUCACCUUCGAAAAGAGAUAUUGGGAUUGAUGGAUUCAAUGGUGUUGUAUUUCAGCAAAUUGUAAAUGGGAAAGAGCAUUGGAACGGUAAAGGUAUAGGUCAACCGGUAAAUAUGAGAAGAUUAUCAUUAAAAAAGCAAUUUGAGAUUGCACGAGUUGUUGGGUUGGAAGAUCUGUUCGAUAAUGUAUAUAAAAUUCCAGUAGAGGAUAUACCUAGUAAGAAGUGUGUGGUGAAGGAGAAAACUAGAAGAAAGGAAAAAGAAUAUAUACCCGAUAUCCGAAGUGUGAAUAGAAAUGUUGUUAAUAAUGGG